UUGCUCUUUCUUACAAUUUUAUCCUAAUUACAGCCAGUAUUUCCACUGAAUAAAUGAAUGGCUUGGUCUUGCAGUUGGAUCAACAGCAGUUAACCUGCUCUGAGCUCCGUUACCUUCUAAGGAGCUCUGUAAGGAACAAAAUUAUAUGCAUGUCAUCUCACUUCCAAACUGGGAGCCUUGUUUUGCAAAAUAAACAUCAGCUAUAAUGACUAAAGAAUUAAAAUGAGUUUUAGGCUUCCUCCUCUCCCCAUGUCACUGAUCUAUACUUCAUGUAGGACUGGGGAAACUCCUUGAUUCUAAUCUUAAGGAAAAGAAUGCCAUCUAAAAUAUUUUUAUAUAUUCAACACACAAUUUUUAUUGCACACAACUGUAUUUCUACCAAAUUCUCUCAACCUCACUGCAGAGUCCAUUACAUUUAAAUGUACUCAUGUAUUGUAAUAUUUUAAAGCCUUUUCUGUAUUAAAGGCAUACAGAAGUGGGAAUCAGGGAUCACACUGGGUCCUUUUAAGAAGGAAAACACUUGGGAGUUUCAGGUUUCAGACCAGGUGCUUGAAAAAUUGCCUCCCUAUGCACCAACUAUAUUUUCUUUCUUGUACUCUCACAGGCCUUCUCUGAGCUUAACCAUAAGCAGAAGGACCCAUACAGACUGUUCAAUAUCCUUAAACUUACGGAAGAUUAGGAGCAGGGCUUUGAUUACCUAGUCCGGAGAUGAAUGUACAUCACAGCUUUCUCCAGUCAUAUUCAUCUAUUCCUAGAUCUUCGCAAAUAAAAUCAUAUUAUUUUUGCAACCAAAACAGAGUAGGGAAUAGGAACACAUUUCCACCUCUGGCUGUAACAGAAUUAGAUAGUUCAGUUUGCAAGUAAAGAAGGAAACUAUAUUUUCAGACACCAGAUAAUUCAAAAAGUGUUACGAAACUAAACUGAGCUGUUUCUUCUGUGUUGAGUGUAAUAGUGUGCCUGAACAAAGUGGCAGACCUACCUGCUCUCAAGUGACUGUACCGCAUACUUUCAGGGUGGAGGCGAAACAAUAUGCUGAGAUUACCAUUAUUCAUCACAUAUUAAGGCUGUCUGCCUAGUUUGGUCUCAGAAGGACAAGAAACACAAACUUGGGACCACAGAAACAAGUUCUCUGAACGACUAAAAGCAACCCGUGCCUGCUGCCUCUCAAAAGCCGUCUCCAAAUAUUGAGUUAGAGAACAACAAUAGUAACUAUUAUAACCGUAUGUAGGUCAUAAAAUGGCUGCUCCCUUCCAGCAGCUGCCCAAACAGCACCAUGGGAAUUGUUUGGAAAAAACAUCCUCUGGCUCAUGUCCCUGGCAGAAUUGGUAGUAUCCUCACCACUCAAGAAAUUGUCUCUUAAAAUGCUGGUCCAAAGUUUAGUGCAUCCGUGGAGGAGAAAGCGUGCUGACUAAGCACUCAGGAAGUGCUGACUUUCAUCGUUACAUUGACGAGAUGGUUCUGCCGGUGGCAAUAGCAGAAGUGCUGUUGGUCCUGGGUUUGGCUGUGGAGUCAGACUCUCUCUGCUCACCCACUACCUUUUACAAGAACUGCUGGAUCCGACGCUUCCCAGGUCUUCUGGUUGACCUGCAGGAAUCGCAGAAGAGGGGAGCCCAGGUGCUGAAGAUUUAUGCCGAAGUCUCACCUCAACAGUGCAGCAGAACCUGCUGCCUUCUGAGGAAUGUUUCCUGCAAUCUGGCAGUGUUCUACCAUGGACCUAUUAAUGAGAAUAUGAAUUGCCUGCACAUGUCUUGCCCAGCACUGGAAAGUUGCAUACUAAAGGCUAGAAUCAAUGUCAUUCUGUACAACAUCACAACAGGGAUUGAUCCAGACCUUCUUAUUUUUGAAAAACUGACAUCUAAAGAACCAAAUACUCAUUCCUCACCAAAUAAAUAUGAAAGGCAAAGCAGCACAAAGGCCACCGAGUGGCAAAGAUGCCAGCAUCAUAACGCCACAUCAAGUUCUCUUCUGCUCCAAGCUCCACCUUCUACCACUAGCCACAGCUUAACAGCAAACCCUUAUACAUCCAGUACAAACCUGAUGGUCAAAAAACCUGAAACUACCACUUAUUCCAGGGAAGAAACUUUUCCACUGGAUGAUCAGUUUCCUAAGAGGACAAGCACAGCUUCGGUAAGCACUGAAUCAAUCACCAGCUCGGACAAAAAGACUGUGCCUUCAACUUUGCUAUCCAAGUCUGAUGAGGAAGCAUCCCACAUGCCCACUCCUCCUCGCCUGAACAGCAGUAAACAACACUUAAACGAAACCAAAGGCUACAGUGGUAGGAAUUAUACUUCGGAUAAUGAAGCACCUGCUUGGGAAGCUGCAGCUUUGGGUGUCUGGUUGAUUCCUGUUGUUCUUUGCGCUUCCCUCAUCUUCCUUUGCUGUUGUACUGUCGCUUUCACAGCAGGGCGUUGCAGAAAUAGGACAGGUCAGUAUAAGCCCAUAAGGAGAAGAAGAACAAUGUCGAGACAAUUCAUAAAAUACACUUACUGUCAAAAGUAAUUUGUAAAAUACUGUCACCAUUCUUGUUUUGGAACAGCUUUUUAAAAAACGAACUGUAUAUACCAGAUUAUUUCUUUUACAGAAUCAAAGGUAAUUUUUUCACUGAUGGUUUCAGAAUAUUUCGAUUGUAAUUUAAUUCUUGACAGAUGAAGCACAAUUCCCCUGUCUCUUUGGGGAAGAGGUACACACUUACAGCUCCCACUGCAUGCUUAGAGGUGUUAGAACACAUUUUGGUUCAUAAUCUGACCCAGACUAAUGCCUAAAAAACAGUAAACACUUUCCCUAACUUAAGAAAGCAGAUUCACUGCAGGUGUACGUAUUCUUUCCCCUGACUUAGAACUAACCUCAGAAAACUAAGUGUAAGUGCAAUCAGUAAAACUGACUGAAGCUUUAUAGUAUCAUAAAAUCAUUUAACUGUAAUCAUCCUUUGCCUCAGAUCUAGUUGUUCCUGUAAAAACUGGCCAUUUCUCUCCAACUAAGUUCUAGAUUGACCUUUUUUCCCCUUGUAUCCCUAAUAUUGAGAUAAAACAAUUUGGCCAGCACUCUCUACUUCUUCAAAGAAAAAAAACCAAAACCAACCCAAGUUCCCAAAACCACUGAAUUCCAUUAACUCAUACCCAAACAGCUGAUCACAAUCUUUAUGCUUUACCUUCCCCCCACUUCUCACAUCACUCUUCUGACGACAAUCACUUCAAAUGUUUUUCAAGACCCUCCAGUGGCACCUUCAGUAUUCAACUGCUUUUGUAAACUUACUUGCUCUGCAAUGCAUUAACCAUUUGGUUACUGGCUAAGGGAAGCACAAACGUGGCUAACAUUUGUUCAUGCCUUGCAAUUAGCAUCAGUGUUGUCCACCUUGACUUGCUUUUUCUUGCCUACUCAUAUUCAGCCUUUACAUCAUUAGCUUUUUAAAACAGGAAUAGUCAUUUAAUGUAUGUUGCAGAGGAAUAGACAAAAUGUUUUGAAAGCUCUAGGAGUUAGCUUUGUAAUAAAAAAUGCUUUUUUUUUUUUGUUUCCUCAUCCUGUAUACUCUAUUCAUAAAUGUGCUCCUCCUGAACAUAAAUCAAGCGACUAGAUCAACAAGGUAGCAGGUAUUUCCUUGCCUUACCUUACUCAGGAAGUUUGCUUAGCAAAGCAAACAUUUUCAACAGUAACCAGGAUUGUUCUUCUUCUUUUAAACUUGUUGAAGCCUCAGAAUUUCUCACUUUCUUCACUUGCUGUAAGAAGCUUCUAUUUCCCAGACAAGUGUAAAUGUUAUAAAAGGAAACAAUAAAAAAUAAAACUGAUUGUCACAUGUCUAUGUGGCAGAAAAUUAUUUUAAAACUAGUAAGAUCCAUGCAAUGUUCAAAGACUACAGUGAUGAGGUUGUAAGGCCACAUGAAUACAUAAUUACAGUUGAGCAGGUUGGUUUCAGAGAAAAAGACCUCUAAAAUUAUAUUUUAACCCACAUUAAUCAGGACUGUAGUUUAGAAAACUGAAAUUUAAAAAAACCCGCUUAUUUAUACUAUUUGAUUGACCUUGUAUGGUAAUUUAUAUGUAAUAGAAGGAAGACUGACAGCGUA